AUGGAGGAUAAUGAUACAAUAUCUCCAAUAGAAUUAUUGAAGUCCAUAUUCCGAGACCAUAGCAUUGCAACUAUUAAGAAGGCACUGGAAGGCAGUAAUAAUGACAUAGAACUUGCUUCAUCCAUGAUUUUAAGUGAUAAAUCGGAUACUUUACAAGAUGUUAAUAUUGUAAAUGAUGAAUUAGAAAGUGAACUUGAUAGAUUAAGUAAAAUAUUUCCCAGUAUUGAAAAAGUUGAAAUUGAAAAAUUGUUGAAAGACAGUAAUGGGAAAUAUGAUAUUAUCCCAGAAUUAUUAAAUCUUGAGCACAUACAUUCUCAAGAUAUUCAAGAUCAGAGGAAAUUGCAAAAUAGCAUCGUUGAAGACCAAAAUCAAAAAAAAAUAUUGGAUAAUACUGCUUGGGUAUCCAAAGAUCAAUAUACUAAUGAAAUUGUAAAGUAUACAUUUGUUUCUAAAGAGACUGCAUCACAUUUUUACUACAAAAAUGCAUGUAAUUUUCUGUUAGCCAUUUUGGAUAUUAUCCAAUCAACAUUAAAUCCAAUAGAAGCAGUAAAAAAUCCUUCUUCAAGUAAUCUAAAGGGAAACUUAAAAGAGCUAAGAAAAAACAAGUUCAAUGGUAAGAUCAUGGGAGGCAAAGUUCAGACAAAUAAUUCUUUAGCACAUUUUAAAAGGGGAGAUAAAAAUCAGAAUAUGUAUUCUCUGUUGAAUGAUGGUCUCCCGAUCAAUUCAGAGGAAACUGAUCCCAUAUCUACUGCUAGUAUGAUUGAUGAUGAACUAGUGAAUGAUUUAAUUAGAAAUAAUUCCUGUAUCGGUAGUCUCAAUAGACAUACCAUCUAUCAGUUUUUUAUUUUUUACAAGGGUGAUAUAGAAAAGACCGUGGCAUUAGCAUUAUUAUUUAUACAAAACAAUUACAAAGAUUUAGAAACUCUUCAAAAUAGCGUAGUGCUUACUUUUAAUUCAAAAGAGAUACUUAGAUCUCCACAAGGUAAGAAAAGUAACAUAAGCUCAAAGUCGACCCAAAAUAAGUUGCUUCCAAAAUCCUCCUUGCAAAAAAAAGGAUUUGUUAAUACGUCUAACUUUAAUUUAGCUAGUGAAAUGGUGGACCAUUUAUUCGAGAACUAUAGAUUGGAUUUUCAUGGAUUCUUGCCAAACGAAGCAAUAUUAACGUUACAACACAGUUUAAAUAUUUGGUGGAGUAGCGAGAUGGAUGAAAGAGAGGUGGCAGUUCAGAAGCUUUCAACAUCUAAAGUCAUGAAUGUUAAACCUCUUCAAGUUAUCACAGGUAGAGGCAUUCAUAGUGCCAACGGUAUAUCUCAAGUUAGAAUUAAGGUUAAAAAAUAUCUUGUUGACCAGGGAUUUAUAUUUUUAGAAGAAGGGUCAUAUUUCAUUGUUGAAGGAAAAGCUAGCACUGUAGCUAAUCGAAUUUAG